CAGAUUUUGACAUUUCUGUUUGAAAUUGUAAUGUAUUUUGAUUGUAGUUACUAUUCUUAGUUUUUAAUCUCAUUAUUUAAGUAAAUUGUGUAUAUAUUACGACUGAGUUUUAAAAGAAAAGUAACUUUUCGUAGAACUACUAUGAACGUUAUCAAGCAAUUAUGGCGAUCUCCGCUAAACCGUAGCAUAUUACAUAAUCACAAUGCAACUAGACUGGUAUCUGCUGCUACUAUCACACCGAUACAACGAAUAGAAGAACCACCUGCCCCAGUAGAACUUGAUAAAUUGUACAAGCGAGUUGAAUUAGAAAUGCGGGGCAUAGACCCUGCAGUACUACUAAGCUACUCCUGGUUUUGCGUUGCUGCUGCGUCACAUCUUGGUAUUGAAGUCACAAAAAGUUGGGCACUAAGAAAGGCAGAAAAAGAGAGACACACCUUGCUGAGGUGUGUCCACAUCUACAAGAAGCACAGAGUACAAUAUGAAAUAAGAUCCUACUUCAGAUUCAUACAUUUACAGCGGCUUACCGGCUCUACCUGCGACACUUAUUUAGAAUACAUAGAGAGAAACCUUCCAGAAGGCUGUGCUUUGAAAGUCACUAAGAUCGAGUGCCAAGCAUUACCUGAUCAUAUAACACCACCUGUUAAGGAAAAAUAGUUCUUACUUUUUGUAUAGUAGUAAGUAGUUAUAGAAUAAAAACUAAGUUAUA